AUGGAGGUGUCAAAGUGUUGUUGUGGUAAGCGAGCUCAAGAGUUCACUUCUUGGAUUGAUGCGAACCCUAGGAGACGUUUCUUUGGAUGUGCGAAGCACGGGAGAGGACAAUGGUGCAACUUCUUUCAGUGGAUUGAUCCCCGAAUGUGUGAAAGGUCUAGGACUAUUAUUCCUGGGUUGCUGAGAAAGGGGCUUGAGAAAGCAUGUACCUAA